CUGUCAGCGCGGUUACCAGUGACCCGGUGGUGAAGUUCGCUGUGUGACCCUCUGAGCCUCACUCUCUGUUCAUUCAGGUGCCAGUAAAAGCAUGGGGAUGUGGAGCUAAGCUUGGCAGUUAAGACUCUCGGAUUUUUGUAUUAUUGUAAAACUCCUGUCAGGUUCUUGCUGUAGUUAAUCAACAGGUUUUGGUUUGCUUAUGGCGUCUGACGUUGUGUUGUAGUAAAUCUUUGCCUGCACGCUUUUCACAGUGACAGCUUGGGGGAUUUUAAUCGUAAGAGCUGACAUUCUGCUAAGGCUUUCUGGUUCUUGCCGGCAGCAGGAAUCAUGAGUCUCGCUCUCCAUGAGCUUCUGGUUUGUUGUCGUGGUCUAGAGAACGACAAGGCUACCGAGAGAAAGAAAGAAGUCGAGAAGUUCCGGCGUCUUAUCCGUUCAGCAGACACAGCUGAGCAGCUGGAUCAGAACUCAGAGGCCAGGCACUCCAAGCACUCUAAACAGCUGAACUGGGAUGCUGUCUUCAGGUUUCUGCAGAGGUUCAUCCAGAAGGAAACGGAAUGCCUUCAGUCAGGGAAGGCCAGCGUGUCGGCCACAACGCAAGCCAACAGGCAGAAGAAAAUGCAGGAGAUCGGCAGCCUGAUUAAAUAUUUCGUCCGCUGUGCAAAUAAAAGAGGUCCUCGGUUAAAGUGCAUGGAGCUGCUGAGCCACGUUAUGGAUGUUCUGCGAGACUCCUACAGCUGCAAUGCCUACGGGGCAGACUACAGCACCAUACUGCUGAAGGAUAUUCUGUCAGUGAGGAAAUACUGGUGUGAGAUUACCCAGCAGCAAUGGACGGAUUUGCUGGAUUUGUACUGUGGGCUCUAUCUGAAAGCCUCUAAAGAUAUUGACCGGGUUUUGUUGGCCAGAAUUAUCCACACUUUGGUCAGGGGUUCCUGCUUGCAGACUGAGGGACUGACACACAACCUUUUCAAGUUUUUUUCCAAAGCGCUGCCUAAUGCAAGGCAUGAGAAGAUCUUAGCCGUUCUGGAACACAUGCUGGCUGCUCUCAAUGUUUUUCUGAAGGCCUCCGCUAUGAGCUGCCGCGUGCGUGUGUGUAAACUGGGGGAGGACCUCCUCCCCACUGUCCUCUACAUCUGGACUCAGAAGCGGCCUCAGGACCUCCUGAAGGAUGAAAUCAUUCAGUUCUUCAGUCUGCAGCUGUGUGUGCACCACCCCAAGGGAGCCAAAACACAGGAGACGGGUGCCUACGCUGAGGACUGGUCCAAAUGGCAGAGCCUUCUGUACAACCUGUAUGAUGCUCUGGUGAGUGAGAUCAACCAGGUCGGAAGCAGAGGGAAGUACUCCACUGGAUCUCGUCACAUUGCAGUGAAGGGAAACCUCAUUGAGCUGACUGCUGAUAUUUGUCACCAGCUCUUUACCCAGGACACCAGAGUCCUGGAGAUCACACAAUCGCACAUGUGCACGACUCAGAGAGGCACUCAGCAGGGGACUCCCAGCAAACGCAGGCGCGUCCAGCUGGGCUGGGAGGAGAUCCUUGAUAACCUGCAGAGAUCACAGAGCGACUUCGACAUGAUUCCUUGGUUGCAGAUCACAGCCGUGCUGGUGUGGAAGUAUCCCUCGAUCCUGCCCAGCGUGGCGCUCGUCCCCCUCCUCGCAGCUCUGCACCAGCUGCUGGUCCAGCAGCGCCGGGGGGAGAAGACCCCCUAUGUGAUGCGCUGCCUGAGCAAAAUCGCUGCCUGCCAGAGCGGCAAGAAGGACCUGCGGCUGUCCCAGAAACCCGAGCUGCAGAAACUGUGGACCAGGGUGUGGGCCGUGACCCUCCGCUACGUCAGCUCUCAGCAAAUCGAGACCGAGGCUUUUGGGCUGCUGGAGGCCAUCAUUCAGGGAGGCCUCAUACCGAUAGACAGGGAGUUCUGGAAAAUAUUUGCAGGAUCUGCAUGCAAGCCAUCUUUUGCUGCAGCUCAGUGUCUGGCUCAGGCACUGACCAAGUGUGCUGUUCCUGAGCGGCUGGACACUGGCCUCAAAUACAUGGCACCUGUUGAAGGGAAUGGGCCCCCUUCUUUAAGGGAAGCCAUUUUAAGGUGGAUUUUGCUGUACCAAAUGGACGAGGACACAGAGGAGAGCACUAAACCCCACCCUGUAUUUUGCAGAGAUUUUCCUAAUCAGAUUGUUCCAAGAAUACUUGUGACCCUGACACUGAAGGACUCGAGAGCAGGGAUGGACUUCCUCACGUCUCCACUCGCGCCUGAGAGCGUUCUUCAAAAGGACCAGCUCUUGGCUGAAGAUGGUGUGUUUUUAGAAAUUGAGAACCUCUACCUGCAGUCAACAUUUGAUGAAAUGCCCAGUUGCUCCAGCAGUGAAGUCAGUGCACCAGUCCGGAACUCUGCAGCUCCACGUUUCACUGUCAAGCACGGUGUGAAAGAAAGACUGGAGCAGCACCUCCUGGCCGUGUCCGAGCACCUCCUCAAUAGCUACUCUCUGGAUUCCCAGACCUUGCCGGAGUGUCUGGUUCGCUGUGUCGGGCUCCUCACUGGCGUUCUCGGGUGUUAUGUCCAUGCUGGGAUUCUCACUGAAGAAGAUGCCUGCAAGACUGUGCCUUUCCAAAAAGCCAAGUCUCUUAUUCAGAAUACGAGUGAAUACAUUUCAGCAGUGAAGGGUAAAAUUCCUGACGACUUCAAGCUCAGCUCCCUGAGGAUUCUCAUUCAACAGUAUAUAAACUGCUUAAACAGACCAACCAAGAACAGUGCAAGUUUGAUAUCGUCUAACCUGGUGCUGCGUCUGCUGCCAUCCAGAUUGUUAAAUGAACUUGCCGAUCUCUGUAAACUGCUGAUAACUAGCACUGGGAAGAAAGGCGAUGCCGGUGAGGAAAGUCUGAUUGAAGAUGAUUUCGAGGUGAGCAGAGUGCAAGUGGAUGGCAAGGUGGAAAUGGACCUGUUUGAGGAUGACGAUGAAGGCCCCAGCAGCAGGAUCACAGAUAUCCGGGACUCGAGCGACAGCAGUGACGUUCAGUGCGGAACAGGUGCGAAGAGCGUCUUGGCAGAAGAGCACUUGUCCAAGCAGGAUUUAGCAUUCCUGGACACUCUGAAGUUUCUGUGCCUGUGCGCUUCCUCUGAAUUGAUCCAUGGGCUUCCUUUCAGACCGGCUGAUCUCCGACGGAAACUGCUGCUGUUAAUCAACCUUGCCGACCGCACCAAGCCCCUACACCUGCACAUGUAUUUGACCCUGUUGAGAGAACUGCCAGCAGAAGAUACCUCUUUAACCCCAGAGGAUUUUGACACUCUGCUGAGACCUCUAGCAGAUGUUUGCUCUCUGUAUCGCCGGGACCAGGAGACCUGUGCUGUCAUACUGCUGAACCUGAUUCCCUCGAUCAGGAGCCUCGGCAGGAGCAGUGCUGAUGAGAUGGGGCACGUGCAGGGAACGCUGCUCACAGUGGUGUCAGCUUUCUGGCAAUUGGGAAAGACUGGGAGCGCCACUGCUUCAGUCAGAGCUGCACUUGUGAAGUGCAUGGUCGCUCUGCUAGAGGCGGAUCCCCAUUGUAACUGGGCUGUGUUCUGUGUGGGGGAAGAGGAGCUCUCCGUAUCCAGUGCCUUUCCAGAGCUUCUUGCUGACAGUCACCAUCAUGUCCGUCUGCUUGUGGCCAUGUCUGUCAACAGGCUCUUUCAGGAGGUUGUGCCACACCAUUCUGGGAAGCUCAAGAUGCUCCCGCUGAAACUCCAGCUGCAGGCCUUUGAGAAUGUGUACUUGAAAGCACAGGACGGAAUGAGAUUAAAGAGCGGGAGCAUGUCCGAGGAGCUCCAGGAUGAACAGGUUAACCGGAAAGCCACCUUGCUGAAGGUGAUUUCGGUGGUUCUGUGCUGCAGCCCAGUCUGUGAGAAGCAAGCUCUGUUUGCACUAUUCCAGUCCCACAGAGAGAAUGGGAUUGACCAUCAGCUGAUAAAGAAGGUUCUGUGUGCCAUCUCUGAGACCUUGGGCUACAGGAGCGUGGAGAGCUUCCUGCGCUCCCAUUUGGAUUACCUGAUCACAGAGUGGCUGAAGCAGAAGGAGUACACACUGUCAACCUUCCCCUAUGUUCUACUGAAUUACCCCACCCUCCAGGAGUUUUACAGGCCCUGCUACAAAGUCUUGGUCCCACACCUAGUGCUCCUCAGUGACUUUGAGCAGGUGAAGUCUAUUGGACAGCAGAUUGGAAAGGACUGGAAGGAGCUGCUAGCAGACUGCUUUCCUAAGAUCAUGGUUAACAUUCUUCCUUAUUUCGCCGUUCACGGGCAUAAAGCAAACGAGCUGGCGCUGCAGAGAGAGAAAGCAACCAAGGUGUACGACCUACUGAAGGAGGACAGCUGCCUGGGGAAACAGCAAAUUGACAAUUUGAUUCACAACAACCUUCCAGAGAUUGUAGUGGAGCUACUGAUGACUGUGUAUGAGAGUGCGAACAAGGAGGCGGGGGAAGGAGCAGAGCUGGUGAACUUUGUAGGAGAACUGGACCCUGCUCCUAAUCCACCCCACUUCCCAUCGUAUGUGAUAAAAGCUACACUGGACUACAUCAGCAAGUGCCACGGUACCAACCUCAAAAGCCUGGUGGCAAUUCUUUCCAAGAACCCAAUUUCAAUUCAGAAGAUUCUCUUGGCCAUUGGCAAGCAGGCGGCCGAGACAAGCAAUGUGUAUGAGAAGCACAGGAUCCUGCUGAUGUACCGCCUGUUUGUGAACCUGCUGCUCAAGGAAGUGAAGGACGGCCUCGGGGGAGCCUGGGCGUUUGUCCUGAGGGACGUGAUCUACACUCUGAUUCAUCACAUAAACAGCAGAGCCGCUGUCCUGGAUGAGGUGUCGACUCGCAGCUUCUCCCUCUGCUGUGACCUCCUGAGCUCUGUGUGCCAGACUGCGGUGGAGUUCUGCGGAGACGCCUUGGAGAAGCACCUGCAGGUCAUCGUGGGGACGCUCACCGGGCUGGUCAGCGAGCAGCCAGAGAUUGGUCAGCAGGUGUUGAGCUUGUUGAAGUUCCUGGUGAUCGAUAACAAGGACAAUGAAAACCUGUACAAAGCAAUCAAGCUGCUGGAGCCUUUCCCCGACCGACCUGCCUUCAGGGAGCUGCGAGCAGCGCAACAGAGGAUCAAAUACAGCAAAGGAACCUUCACUCUGUUAGAGGAGAUAAACCAUUUCCUGUCAGUCUCUUCCUGUGACUCGUUGCCGUUGACCAGACUCGAGGGACUAAACGAUCUCAAAAAACAGCUUCAUCUCCUCAAGGCACAGAUGAAGGACCUGCUUAAAGAAUGCCAAGAUGACCCUCAGGACAGUGUGUUGGUGAAGCUGGUUAUGAACCUGCUGCAGCUUUGCAAAGCAGCAGUAAGUCACCCAGGAGGAAAAGACAUCCUAGAGGCUGCUGGGGGCUGCCUUGGAGAGAUUGGUCCUGUCGAUUUCUCCACAAUCGCCUUGUUGCACAAGAGAGACCAGUUGAACUCGAGAGCUCAGGAUCUUUUUCAGGAGAAGGAGUUCCAGUGGAUCUACAUCGUCCUGAACUCAGUAAAUAACGCAUUGACCGAUCACUGCAUUGAAGUUCGUUCUGCAGCUGCCACCUGUCUGAAGAGCAUAUUGGCCACGCGGUCUGGCAUCCAGUUCUGGGAGAAACACAAAGAGAACAACGAUCCCAUGCUGUUUUACUUUAACCCUUUUAGAGCAGCAAAAAAAAAGCUUCCCGAAGGGCCUGUGGAAGAGGCCAUGCCUGACCCCACAGAGAUCCUGGACAAUGUUGACCUCUGGAUUCCACAGAAUGGUUGCCAUGACACCUGGCUGAAGACACUGACUUGUGCCCUUCUAGACAGUGGGGGGGUGAAGUGUGAAGCCCUGCUGCUCCUGGGACCUCUGUGUCAGGUGAAGACUGAUUUCUGCCGGACGGUUCUCCCCUACUUGAUUCAUGACAUCCUCCUGCAUGAUGCUGACAGUUCCUGGCGCUCGUUGCUGUCGCGUCACAUCCAGGGGUUCUUCACCUCCUGCUCUAAAGCUGUGUCUGUCUCCAGCAGAUCUGCCACACCUGCUAUUGUAGAUUCAGAGACGGAGAGUCUGACCCAUGGACAGUUGGAUAAAACAUCGUUACGAACAAUGCUGGCUGUUGUUGAUUAUUUAAGGAGACAAAAGAGGCCAAUAAGAGGCCUCAUCUCUGGUACUGCUUGUGACGAUAACUUCUGGCUGGAAUUAAACUACCUGGAGGUUGCCAUGGCAGCGCAGUCGUGUGCGGCUCACUUCACAGCUCUCCUCUACUCAGAAAUCUAUGUGGACAAGAUCAAAUCCGACAAAGAAGCGAGCAGGAGGGCCGCAGCCCAAACCUCUCGAAGAAUCGUGUUUGAAGAUACAAGCCAGAACUUUACAAUCGCCAGCUUAAGUGACAAAAGCAAAGAGGAGACUGGCAUAAGCUUGCAGGACCUUCUCAUCGAAGUGUACACAAGUAUAGGAGAGCCUGAUAGUCUCUACGGUUGUGGUGGGGGCACAAUUCUACAUCCUCUCACUAGAAUAAGAACAUAUGAACAUGAAGCCAUGUGGGGCAGGGCCCUUAUUUCCUACGACCUUCAUACGACUUUAUCUCCUGUCACCCGUCAAGCAGGAAUAAUACAGGCCUUGCAGAAUUUUGGGCUGUGCAACACCCUGAUGACCUACCUGAAAGGACUGGAGUACGAGACUGCGGAGUGGGGCGCUGAGUUACAGGAAAUCCGCUACCAAGCGGCGUGGAGGAACACGCAAUGGGACUAUGUGCCCUCUGUUAGGGAUGAGGCAACAGGACCUGGGUAUCAUGAAUCGGUGUACUGUGCACUGCAGUCUUUAAGAGAGAAAGAAUUCUCAGCCUUUCAUGAAAGUUUAAGAUAUGCAAGGGUUUGUGAAGUCGAAGAGCUUUGCAAAGAGAGCCUGGAGUCUGUGUACUCUCUUUACCCCACUCUGUGCAAGCUGCAGGGCAUCAGUGAGCUAGAAAGCAUCGGGCAGCUUCUCUCUACGGCUGUGACGGAUAACGCCCUGGGGUUGGUCUACAGAAACUGGCAGCAGCAGUCCCAGCUCCUCAAAGACAGCGACUUCAGCUUUCAGGAGCCCAUUCUGGCUCUGAGGACGGUGAUUCAGGAGACCCUGCUUCAGAAGGAAGCCGAGGACACCAGAAAAGAGUACCUGAGGAGCGUCCUCACCCAGCACCUUAUGGAGUUAUCCAAAGUGGCACGGACCGCCGGCAAUACCCAGCUGGCUGAGCGGGCAGUGUUCCAGAUGAAGCAGCACAGCACGGUGGGGUAUGGAGUCUCGCCCUGGCAGCUCGAGGAGGCCCAGGUGUUCUGGGCUAAACGGGAAGAAGGCCUGGCGCUUGGGAUCUUGCGACAGAUGAUUGAGAAGCUGAGUGAUGAGGUGGAUUUUGAACCUGGUCUGGCCCCCAUGUUUGCAGAGUGCCUGAGAAUAUGCGGUAACUGGCUGGCUGAGACGCGUCUGGAGAGCCCUGGCAUCAUCCUGGAGAAAUAUCUAGAAAAGGCUGUAGAGGUGAUAGAUGAUCACACAGGCGGUACUAACUCCCAGCAUCAGAGCGGGAAGAUGCAGGCUUUCCUGGCCCUGGCGCGCUUCUCUGAUGCUCAGUAUCAGAGCAUUGAGAACUACAGGAAGUCCUCCGAAUUUGAAAACAAGCAGGCUCUGCUGGAGAAGGCCAAGCAAGAGGUUGGCCUGAUGAGAGAGUACGGAGUUCGAGACAACAAGUAUACGGUGAAGGUUCAGAGAGAGCUGGAGCUGGAUGUGAAAGCCCUUUCCAACCUCCAGGAGGAUCGCAAGCGCUUCCUGUGCAAAGCCGUGGAGAAUUACAUCAAGUGCCUGCAGCUGGGGGAGGAGCACGACAUGUGGAUCUUCAGGCUGUGCUCCCUCUGGCUGGAGAACUCCACUGUUCAGGAGGUGAACCGCAUGCUGAAGGAUGGUGUGAAGAAUAUUCCUUCCUACAAGUUCCUGCCUCUGAUGUACCAGCUGGCAGCUCGCAUGGGUGCCAAGAUGCCCGGGGGGGCAGCGGGAGGAAUGGGAUUCCACGAUGUUCUGAGUCAGCUGAUCUGCAGGACCUCUCUGGAUCACCCCCACCACACUCUCUUCAUCAUCCUAGCCUUGGUGAACGCCAACAGAGACGAGAGCUUCGCCAAAUUGGAAGGGCAGACGAGAGGCAGGUUGUCUAAAAGUGCACCCAAGCAGACCUCUCCGCUUGAUAAGGAAAGGUCUGAGGUUGCCCUCAACAUAAUUAAUGUGAUCCGGAAAAAGAGAGGCAAGAUGAUCAAGGGCGUUGAGACUCUGUGUGAUGCCUAUAUCACACUCGCCAACAUGGACGCGAACAAAUGGAAAACAGAAAAGAAACCGAUUCCGAUUCCUCCCGAGCAGCCGAUAACUAAAAUAAGGAACCUGGAUGAUGUUGUCAUUCCUACCAUGGAAAUAAAGGUGGAUCCUUCUGGAAAAUACGAAAACAUGAUAACCAUCCAGUCAUUCAAACCUCACUUCCGCUUGGCUGGAGGCGUCAAUCUCCCGAAAAUCAUUGACUGCGUGGGGUCUGAUGGGAAGGAGCGACGGCAGCUUGUUAAGGGGCAAGAUGACCUCAGGCAGGAUGCUGUCAUGCAGCAGGUCUUCCAGAUGUGCAACAUGCUUCUGCAGCGAAACACAGAGACCAGGAAGAGGAAGCUGACAAUCCGCAGAUACAAGGUUGUUCCCUUCUCUCAGCGCAGCGGGGUCCUCGAGUGGUGCACAGGGACCGUCCCCAUUGGAGAGUUCCUGGUUGAUCCAUCGAAAGGAGCCCACCAGAGAUACAGACCUGGAGACUGGGGGAACCUGGCCUGCAGAAAGAAAAUGCAUGAGGUGAUUAAACAAGGAUUUGAGGAAAAGCUGCAGACCUUCAUGGAGGUCUGCCAGAACUUCCGGCCGGUGUUCCGCUACUUCUGCAUGGAGAAGUUCCUGGAUCCUGCUGUUUGGCUGGAGAAGCGGCUUGCAUACACUCGCAGUGUGGCCACAUCCUCCAUUGUUGGCUAUAUUGUUGGACUUGGCGAUCGCCACAUACAGAACAUCCUGAUCGAUGAAGAGACCGCAGAGCUGGUGCACAUAGAUUUAGGUGUUGCGUUUGAGCAGGGUAAAAUUCUCCCAACCCCGGAGACAGUGCCGUUCAGACUGUCCAGAGAUAUAGUGGACGGAAUGGGGAUCAGUGGGGUCGAGGGAGUUUUCAGAAGAUGCUGUGAGAAGACAAUGGAAGUUAUGAGGAAUUCUCAGGAAGCUUUGUUAACGAUUGUCGAGGUGCUGCUCUAUGACCCCAUGUUUGACUGGACCAUGAAUCCCUUGAAAGCUCUUUAUCUGCAGCAGAGACACGAGGAAGCUGAACUCAAUUCAACUCUAAAUGCCACUGUAGGAGGGGAAGACCAAGAAUCGCACAAGAAGUCCAGCAGCGACACGCAGAGCUUCAACAAAGUGGCAGAGCGGGUGCUUCUCAGGCUCCAGGAGAAGCUGAAGGGAGUGGAGCAGGGAGCUGUCCUCAGUGUGGGGGGCCAGGUCAAUCUGCUCAUCCAGCAGGCCAUGGACUAUAACAAUCUCAGCCGUCUGUUCCCAGGGUGGCAGGCCUGGGUUUAGACCACAAAGGAACCCAAGAAAAACGAGUGGUGCGCAGCGGAAACCCUCCGCUCUUAAAACGUAAUAUUUAAUACAUUAAAUCUUACCAAAGCAGAUAUCUUUUUAGUCUACCAAUGAAAUCUUCUCAGUUGUUUCUGUCUUAUUUGCUUUUCCUUACAUGCAAAAUGCUGUUACACUCUACGUAUUCUCUCUGGGACUUGCAAAUAGGGAAUGUUCAAAUUUACAGAAGGUAAUCGCCACUGAUUUUAAGUAUUUUUGCGCACUGCUGGUCAUCAUUUCCCUCUGUUUUAAUUUGAAUAGAAGUGAGAAAGUGAAUCUGAUGUGGGUAUGUUAAGAAUGGGUUUGUAGGGAGAGCCAGUGCAUGUAUGCUUGUGCUCUGUUAUAUAAAGCCAUGUGAGCCCAAAGGGGCUUCUAUUUGCACUUAAUAAUCUUGGAAAUUAUAGAACAGCCAAAAGUUACUUUGCUUCCUUUAGAAACAGUUUGCACAUUUCUGGGAAGCCUUCAGCCAAAGCUUAGUUUUAAUUAUUAGUUUUAUAUUGGCACAAAAAAGGAUCUGCUGAAGAAUAUCCUAGAUAUCACGUUCUGUUCUUCAAAAUCACAGUUUUAGAUGUGCUUGGUUAAAAAUACAAGGAUUUCCAAGAUUAAUUAAAAAAAUGUUUUAUCGUAACUUGAAAAAAAGGCCGGUAGACACGUUGGAAUAUAUUUUUUGAAAAUGGGAGGAAAGCCCAUGUGAAUGUAUUUUGUAUUAGACCGGGUAACUGACUAUCAACUGCUGAGUGAGAAAAUGGUUUGUUCAUUUCUAAUGUUAAUAAUCUCACAUUAAAGGAGAGUUAAGAGAAGUCAUUUUGUUUUGCAUGUAGGAAAUGUUUUAUUCUGUACAGUAUGUGUAAGGUAGGAGGUGGAUAUCACAUCGGUCGACGAUGCGGUGGGAAACACGAUCGCAUUCAGCACAGGAAAUGCAGCACUACGCGCUGUACAAUGGGCAGCACUAACAUCAAAAGCAAUAGAGGGUGUCUAUGGUGCAGUCCUCCUAUAACUAGUUACUGUAACAACACAUGGAAGAGGUUUUCCUUCAGUUAAAUUGAGAAUGGUUUAUCCACAGCAGUGAAAUGGUUAAUACCUUAUUCAUACCACCUAAUUCAGGGGUGUCCAAUCACGAUCCUGGAAGGCCGUUCCACUCCAUGUUUAAGAGGUUAAAUGAGACUUGUAACUACUUCAGCAUCUGCAUGGAUGUUUCAUUGGUUCAAUUAACACUGUAGAACAGGGUUGGAACAAAGACCUGGACUGGAAGAGCCAUCUGUUUGGCCACCCUUGACCUACAUGAUGCAUGAUGAAUACCAAUGAUUGCGCUUUAACUUUGCAGUCAUGUUAUCCAAUGUGAUGAGCUUGCAUUAUUUAAAGGAGGUUGAACAGGACAGAUGUUAUUUUAUACCCUUCUGCUUUACUGCUCAAUAUGUGCUAAGGAUCAGUUCUGCUUGAGAUGGUUCAAACAACUUCUAACUACUUUCUGGUAAAUCUAUUUACAGUAAAUGCCACACCUGCUUCCUGCAAGUUUUUGUGUCACUGGGGACUAAUUAACACACUGCACAAUCAGGAUUAGAGUUAGAUUUUUACAGGUCGUUGGGGAACAACAACAACAAAAAUGUGAUCCUCCGCACAUUGAGUAGCAUUGUUAAAUGUCACAUACUGUAUUUCUAAAGAAGUUUUUUUGUUGUUUUGUUAUUUCUUUUACAUCCAUCGUUAAUACAGUGUUACACAAAGAUCAUUUCUGUGAUGGUUUCCCAGUAUUCAUAUAUUAUCAGUGACAUGAUUACGUAAAAGAAAAUUCAAUGUAAAGUGUAAUUGCAUUCAUGUAAUUGCAAUGAAAUGUAGAACAAUUAAAGAAAUUCUAAAUGA